AUUCGGCGGUGAUAGCGUGUAACGCGAUUGCAGAGGAGAAACGAGGCGAUCGCCGUCCGGAGUGUCGAGCAACAGAAUUUACAGUCAGUCCGGUUCGAGAGGCGCUUCGGUGAGGAGCCGCGAUAAUAAGGCUCGGUAAUUUUCAUUCAUUCGGUUAAUUAGAGAGCCGUUGUCGCAUCAAAUUUCAAUUAUCUUACCACGGUCUCCGAGUGUUCGAUCUAUCCGAUCGUGUUAAAUCAAGUGCAGACGUUGACGUUCCACAAAACUGUUAUCAUCGAUUCAGUUUAUUUUAUCUUGUUCUAUUUAUUCUCCGUCGAUGCAACGAAACUGAAACAUAAAUAAUCGAGGAAAUAUGCUGUCAAGAGUGCCGGAGUUUUGUGAAGUUUUCUAAGCCUGGAAUUUUUUGGGAUCGCCAGCCGAUAAUUCAAAAAUUAUUUUCAACCUUCUUAUUCGAAAAUUAUCAGAAUGCGGUGAAGUCGCUGGGCGCGAGAAAACAAGAGAAGAGAAGAGGGAAUUGCCGCAAUCUACAGUGACGAAAUAUAAAAUUGUGGAGACCGAGGGGAGAAUCGCGAAUUGCGAAAUAUAGAAUAAUAACCAAGUUGGCAAAUUUAGUGUUCGUUCCACCGGCCGCGAGAACAUUGAAAAUAGUUAUUUUCCAUCGGGAUCAUAAAAUCAGCGUCAAUCAUGAAGCUCGAAGGGAAUAGUUCGAAGGACGACGACUCGAACGGUAUUCUAAUGCAACCGAGGAAAGGGUCGGUUCGUCUUCAAAUCGUACCGGCACAGCCAAAGACGAUAACUCAUCUGCCAAAGAGACCACCGGUUGAUCUGGCGUUCACCGACCUCACUUACCGAGUACGCGAAGGACGAAGAAGCAAUGUGAAAACCAUAUUAAAAUCCGUCAGUGGACGGCUGCGGUCCGGGGAACUCACCGCCAUAAUGGGUCCUUCCGGUGCAGGAAAAUCUACACUCCUCAACAUCCUCACCGGAUACAAGACGACCGGUAUGGAGGGAAGCAUCACGAUGAACGGUCACGAGCGAAAUAUCAGUGCGUUUAGAAAAUUAUCCUGUUAUAUCAUGCAGGAUAACCAAUUGCACGGAAAUCUGACCGUUCAGGAGGCGAUGAAGGUUGCCUCGAACUUGAAGCUUGGUCGAGAUGUGAACAAAGCGCAAAAGGAGGAAGUGAUACAAGAAAUUUUGGAGACACUGGGCCUUGCGGAACACCGACGUACCAUGACCUCGAACUUGAGCGGUGGUCAGAAAAAAAGACUUUCCAUUGCACUCGAACUGGUCAAUAACCCACCGAUUAUGUUUUUCGACGAACCUACCAGUGGACUCGACUCUUCCUCUUGCUUUCAAUGCAUCUCAUUACUGAAGACACUUGCGAGAGGUGGUAGAACAAUUAUUUGCACGAUUCAUCAGCCCAGUGCUCGUUUAUUCGAAAUGUUCGACGCACUCUACACCCUUGCCGAAGGACAAUGCGUCUACCAAGGAUCAACCUCGCAGCUCGUUCCAUUUCUAGGAACUCUCGGGCUCAAUUGUCCGAGCUAUCACAACCCAGCCUCGUUCAUUAUCGAGGUUUCGUGUGGAGAAUAUGGAGACAAUAUCAGAAAUUUGGUGAACGCAAUAGAUAAUGGAAAACGAGAUAUAAGAGCCGGACACCAAUUCCCAGUGGGAAAACCGGGAACCCUGAACAACGGAGGAAUCCCUAAAGACAACGUUGAGAAAAAAAACAGCGUCGAUGUCAGGGAUAAAAAUGACGCAAAUAACGCGGAGGAAAAAUUUAGGGAUGCCAAAAACAACGGUACCGUUGGAUACGUCAUACCAGGGUACGCGACCAACGACAUCACCAAACAAAACGAAGUAUCAAUACCCGUCACCCUUGAGAAAAAAGAAAACGUCACCACCGCUCUACUUGACGAAACGCUCAUCGUUACCCCCGGAAGAUAUCCGACCUCAGAGCUGACACAAUUCUGGAUAAUACUGAAGAGAACGUUGCUGUUCAGCAGAAGAGACUGGACUCUGAUGUACCUUCGGCUUUUCGCUCAUAUAUUGGUAGGAUUUUUAAUUGGUGCGUUGUACUGGGACAUUGGCAACGAUGGUGCAAAAGUACUCAGUAAUCUUGGUUUCCUCUUUUUCAACAUGUUGUUCCUCAUGUAUACCUCGAUGACGAUCACCAUUUUAUCAUUUCCCCUCGAAAUGCCUGUCCUGCUGAAAGAAAAUUUCAACAGGUGGUACUCCUUGAAGUCAUACUAUCUGGCAAUCACGGUCUCCGACUUACCCUUCCAGACUGUAUUCUGCGUGACGUAUGUUAGCAUCGUAUACUUUCUAACGAGUCAACCAGCAGAAGUAAUGAGGUUCAGUAUGUUCCUCGGUACGUGCCUACUGAUCUCAUUUGUCGCCCAAUCGGUUGGUCUCGUAGUUGGGGCUGCAAUGAAUGUCCAAAAUGGAGUAUUUUUGGCACCCGUGAUGUCGGUGCCGUUCCUUCUAUUUUCUGGAUUUUUUGUCAGCUUUGAUGCAAUUCCAGUUUACCUGAGAUGGAUCACGUAUCUCAGUUAUAUCCGCUACGGUUUUGAGGGCACAGCUCUGGCAACUUAUUCCUUCGCUCGACAGAAACUAGCGUGUUCAAUUCAACAUUGUCACUUCAAACACCCGAAAACGACCUUGGAAGAAUUAGAUAUGCUCGACGCUGAUUUUACGCUCGAUAUUCUUGCCUUGCUGUUGAUAUUCGUUCUUCUGCGUAUCGCUGCCUUUGUAUUCUUACGUUGGAAGUUGAAAACCGCCCGAUAGAUAGAAGUUUGGCAUGUGUGAAAGCCAUCAACCGAGAAAAAUAGACGGUAAACUUUUUGAAAGUUAACAAUAAUUAUUUGUUCUCUCAGAUGCUGACGAGAUGAAAAAAAAAUGGUAAAACAGCCCAUCCUUAGAGCUGAUUCUGCAAUAAUAAUCUAAGUGAGAAAGCGUCUACUCUAUUGUUAUCGGUUUCCAUUUUGAUCCGUAGCAUAGCAGCUUAUGUAAAGAUAGAGAUAAGAACAAAAAGAAAAAAAAACACUAACAUAAUUUAUUUAUCUUGACACUGAAGUUAUAUCGACAAUAACUUCCGUAACGCAUUCGCUAUUCAGGGUAUAUUUUAUUUCAUUAAUUUUCCUCUUCUUGUUAUUCAUUAGCCUUUUGUUUAUACGCAGAGGCACGUGUGCGUGCAUCGAUCGCAUAAAAGAAAUGUUAUUUCGACGUCACUUUUACUUGGCGUUUGUUGUCGCAGACUUCUCACACUGUCUAUUCUGCUAUUUCUUAGUCAGCGUUUUUAAGUAUCUGACUAUCAAAUACCACUGUUACGCAGCGUGUGGAAAAACAAUAAUCGAUCGGUUCACCGAUAAACAGAUCAAAACACUUCUAGAGUGACAUAUAAUACGUAAUAAAACUGAAAAUAUUCCGAUAAACGUCUUACAUUUUGAAAAAUUUCGUACCAAUGACGCAAAAACGAAUUUUGGAUUUAGUAUUACGCGGAAAGGAAAUGUACCCGCUACACCUAGCAUCGAAAAAUUUGUAGUAAGUAGCGUAACGCGCGAAACAGAGGCCUUAAAAUGAAAUAUAAAUUAAAUGGAAUUGAGGUAGAAGUGAAGAAAACAUUUGCCAUCCAAAUUUUGUAAUUUUUGAUAUAAAAAUUUCGGACAACGCUACUAUCCGCCAACGGCUGUGAGUGUGAAAUUGAAGUGACACUUAAUAAAAAUGAAUAAUACGUGUAACGCGAAAUGUAAUUAGACCAAUCAGCUAUUUCCGAGACAUAACAAAUUAAUCUAAGUAUCGUCGAGAUGCUCACAGAAACUGAGUAUCUUAUAAAAUUAUCUUGCCAGAUCAAUUAACUUUAAUGACCAAAUAUUAAUAAUUCGUAUGAAUUCGAAUCAAUUUGUAAAUUAAUUAACCGUAGUAAGAUCAGAGAUGAUCGAUAAGUCACACAAAACUCAUCGAAUCGGCGAUUUAACAAACGUGUAGUAUAUUUCAAAGUUUGAAUGAAUUAGAUUUCGAUUACAAACAAUAAUCUCUAACGUAAUUUGAACGGGAAAAGAAGAGAAACAUUGUAGGUAUGUGAAGUGUUUCCAUGAUUAACUCUACGGACAAGUGGAUACGCGUACAUGAUUUGUCCGAACAAAUUCACAUAGCAACGCACCUUACAAUUAAACCUAUAAAUAAAUUAUACACGUUUUGUAUACUGUCAACAUUUAUGUAUAUGUACCUACCUAUUUACCUACCAUUAUUUGUGUAUGCUAAAUUGGCGUAAUAUCUUAUUAUUAAAUUUUAUAAUACAUUUAUUUGUUACAAACAAAA